AUGUUCUCUCGUGCCGUCGUCGCUUUCUGCUUCCUUCUUCCUCUGUCGGUCCCUGCUGCCGCCAAACCAUGGAACAACACCCCUCCGGUAUCUACGACCGCGACCGCGACUGUCACCGUCACUGUCUCUGCUCCCGCUCCCACCCCCACUAGCGGCGACACUUGCAGCACAGGCCCCGUCCAAUGCUGCAACACCGUGGGCUCGGCUAACGAACCCCCCUUCAGUGGCAUCCUCGGCCUGCUUGGCAUCGUCGUUGAGGGUGCCGAGUCCAUGCUUGGCCUCGGAUGCUCCCCUAUGAGCGUCGACGACGAUGGCUCGGGCACGGGUUGCUCUUUCAACGUAGUCUGCUGCCAGAACAACAACGUCGGCGGCCUGUUUUCUAUCGGCUGCAUGCUCAUCAUUUUGUGA